UGGAAGCUGCCGCUUCGUAUUGUAUGAAAGUGUUGGACAAACAUCAUCUUAACUCAGUUGGAACGUCUUUUCUCAUAUGUGAUUGUGGAGGAGAUACGGUGAAUAUGAUGACCUACGAAAUUUUGAAUGGAAACAAACUAGGUGUGAUCACCGAAAGAAUCGGUGAUUUCUGUGGAGGUACUUACGUGGAUCGGGAAUUUAUUAGAUAUAUUAGUCGUAGUGUUGAUUCAACAGUUAUCAAUCUUAGAGAAAAACACUAUCCCCAAUAUGAAAUCUUGGUCUAUGAAUUUUGUAGACACGUUAAAAUACCGUUUACUGGCAAUCGAGAUGAUUUUGAUCUCUUCUGCUUUGACCUUGAAACUUGGCCAGCGAUUAAGCAAUAUGUGGACCAGAGAACAAAAAUGGACUUAGAAAGUAAUGAUUGGCUUUUAUACUUGAACUUUGAAACGGUGAAGCAAAUGUUUGACCCCGCUGUUGAUCGUAUUAUUAGACUAAUAGAUCAACAAUUAAAUUCCAAUGUUCAUGAUCUUUCGGCAAUAUUUUUGGUGGGAGGUUUUAGCAGCUCUGAGUAUUUGCAUUUACGAGUAAAGGAAGAAUUCAGUUCAAAGGUGCGACUUAUUGAUGUGCCGCAACGACCUUCCACCGUAAUUGUUCGUGGAGCUGUCGAAUAUGGCCUAAAAAUAGGCACGAUAAAAACUAGA